ACUGCUGGCCGGUGACACCUAUGGGGUUAAAGGGUGGAGGUGGGUGGCGCAUGGUGUGCGUGUGUAGGUGUGCUGUGUAUCGCGUGGCAUCAGUGUUGUGUGUGCUCUGGGCCUUCACCCGUUUGCCCGAGUCCCAGCUGUGACUUCACUCCUCGAUCAGCUCACGAUACAAACCCUUUUGCCAUCACUCCAGGAGCUGAGAAGGGAGAGAGGGGCGCCUAUGAAUCUCGAUGGGUGGACGGGGGCUGGCUGACCCUGGCGUUUCCAGAGCAAGAGGGAGCAGAGCCCGCAGAGCCACGGCUGGGGCCCUGCGGACGCCCUGGGCGCUCCCGUCUCAUCCACUGCGCACAGCCCACCCGGGGUUGAGCUAGGAUCCCCUGAAGGAUGGGGAGACUGAGGCCCAGGGUGAUUAAAGCCUCAAUUUUAACAUUAGUAACGGACACACGACAGGUGCCAGGCUCCAGGCCCUGUGCCUCGCAGUUUUGUGGGACUCUCACCGUGUCCCUGAGAAGCAGGUGUCUUGAUUCCCGAGCUGGCUGGGGCUUGGACACGCUGUGUGGCUUCCUAGUGACGGGGCAGCUGGCCGCUGAGCGCUCAGGAGGUGCUGGGCUGGGGCUUGACGUGCAUCCUCCCAGGUUUAACCUCCGCUCGGCCUCACGUCUUCGGGAUGACGGCCGUCUGCAUUUGCGUACCGGGGCACUGAGGCUGGCAGAGCAAGUGGCUCGCUGACUGUAUUCACGGCAGAGACCAGAAGGAGCAUCCCUGUUCUGUCCCUCGCCUGGCCAGGCAGUCACGUCCCGAGCGCCGGGUCCCUGCGUGUCCCUGGGGCCGGGCUCUCGGAGAGGCAGGUGUUCAUCCAGCGGCGUGAGGCCCGGCCGCUGGUGUGGACGCCUCCCAGAGCGCCCUCCCCCGCCAGCGCCUGUGCCGCCACCAUGGAGAGCGGGAGCGGGCCGGGCAGCCCCAGCACCGUGUCCCUGGUUCCCGGUGAUGCCGUCCCCAGCCCUGAGGACAAGAUGGCCUCGGUUCUCCCGGUGCUCCUCGUGUGCGUGGUGGGCGUCGUGGGCAACGCCACGGUGGUCCUGGUGGUGCUGAACACACAGGACAUGCACACGCCCACCAACCGCUACCUGGUCAGCCUGGCCCUGGCGGACCUCGCUGUGCUGGUGGCGGCCGGGCUGCCCAACGUCUCCAAAAGCUCGGCUGGGCAGUGGGUCUGUGGCCACGCCGGCUGCCUGGGCAUCACCUACUUGCAGUAGCUGGGCAUCUGUGCCUCCUCUUGCUCCAUCCUGGCGUUCACUGUGGAGAGGGAGGUACACCCCGACCCCUGCUGCAGGCCAGGACUUCCUGGCCACGACCCUCGGUAAACUGAGUCUGCUCCCCAUUUAUGGAGGGGGCGCUGUGUGGGACCCUGGAGGAACCCGGCAAGGGCGGGGGCAGGCGCCGGGAAGCGGGCUUCUCAUCUCACCUCUGCUACUGACUUGCUGCGGAAUGCCAAGGCAACCCUGCACUUCUCUGGGCUUGGUGUCCCCACCGGGAACGUGGGCACUGGGGCCGGACAGUCUCUUGAGCCUCUUCCAGCUAUGAAAUUAAUGCCUGAGAGGCCAUCUAGCCUCUAAGCAUGUGGACGCUGAAACCCACUGACCGGGUUCAAGCCCAGCUCUGCCUCUUCCCAGCUGCGCGGCCUUCAGCACAUUGGUCCAGAGGAUCAGGAUGUCUCGUCCAGGGCUACACAGAACGGGGACAUAACCGAGGCCUUCUGACAUCCAUACACUGGCCCGGUCCUGGCUCUCCCCUGCUGUGCCCAUCUAGGGUCGCAAUGUCCUUGACCCCUCAGCCUGUGACCUUUGGCGGUGGACGGUAGAAAACCCACCCUGGGACUUGCACAAAGGUCAAGGUCUUCGCAAGGGCGCUCUGAACCUUGUGGGCCUGGCCGGACCUUGAGGGGCUGCACCUUCCGACUCGGCCCUGCCGUCCCCUCAAGACUGGCACCUUUGCUCUGCCAGCCCCCGAGGCUGCCUCAACAUGGCCUCCCAGGUCCCCUAUGAAAGGGCCAUUUCCACCAUUGCGCCCACAUUCGGUUCCCCAUCCGGGAAUCUGAUUAGCUGAGUGGACCACCCUCCAUGGCCCAAUCCCACGGAGCAGCAGGUGGGUCACGUGACUGCCCCGUGGCUUGCAGGUACUUCGCCAUCUGCCACGCAAUGCGGGCACAGGCCGUGUGCAUCGUGGCCGGCAUCUGGGGGACCACGUCCGUCUACUGCCUGCUCUGGUUCUUCCUGGUGGACUUGGACGCUGGCGGGCACCGGGGGCCGCAGCCUGUACCUGCCCAUCUGCCUGCUGGACUUCACCGUCUUCUUUGUUACGCCCUGCUGGAGGCCACUGUCCUCUACAGUCUCAUAGGGAGGGUCUUGAUCCAGAGCUCCCCGGCCCACCUGCCACAGCUCGGGGACCAGCUUGGGGGCCAGCAUGGGGGUGGUGAGGACCGGCCAGAGCCCGGAAGCCAGGGGAGGCAGCCCCGUGGGCCAGGUGGGGCGC